AUGGACUGCGGAUACGCUGACCUGAUGCCACCAAAACAGGAGGAUCAAGAAGAGGAUGAGUUUGAUCUCAUGACUAUAGUGGACUCUAUACGGGCUGAAAAUAAAAACGCUGAAAGGGGAGAAUCUAAUAACAAUUUGGCCUGCCAACAGUGUGGAUUGAGCUUCACAUCUAUACACGAUCUCGAGAGUCACCUGAGCACUCACACUAAUAGACGACCCUUUAUAUGUGGUCAGUGUGGGAAGAACUUCACGAGAAAAGUUUAUCUUCAUUAUCACAUGAGAAUUCACACUGGAGACCAGCGGUUUAAAUGUGGUCAGUGUGGAAAGGGUUUCAACGGAAAAACUAAUUACAAUUAUCACAUGACCAUCCACAUCAAGGAGAAAUUACUACCAUGUGAUCAGUGUGGAAAGAGUUUCUCACAUAAGCUAAGCCUUAAUCACCACAAGAGAGCUCACUUACCGAAAAACAGUUUUAAAUGUAAGCUGUGUGGGAAGACUUUCAAUCGGAAAGAUAGCUUAAAAGCCCACAGCGCAGUGCACACUAAAGAGCGGACUUACAUUUGUGUUCAGUGUGGAAAGAGUUACACACACAAAAGCUCCUUAGGUCGACAUGAGAAGGUUCAUAAAUUAUAAAUGUGGGUGACAUGGUGGCUCAGUGGUUAAAACUGUCGCCUCACAGCAAGAAGGUCACUGGUUGGAGUCCCGGCUGAGCCUGUUGGUGUUUGUGUCGAGUUAGCAUGUUCUCCCCGCCGGUCCUUACCACAUGGGAGUCGGCUGCUCUACCAAGGAGGCUAAAGACCAUGGUCUCUAGUCUAUAGAGCAUGUUUAGAGGUCAGAGGAGUGAGGUUUGCUUGCACAGCUCUUCACUAGCAGGCCUCCGUUACACUCACACCCCUUAACCUCACUCCCAUCCGGGACAUGGCACCAAUGUAAUGCCGCCGGGCCUACACCACCCAACCUGCUGCGAGCUGGGAUCAUACAGGAGACCUUCCGCAUGGGAGUCGGUUGCUCUACCAAGGAGGCUAAAGACCAUGGCCUCUAGAAUCUGUCUAUAGAGCACAUUUAGAGGUCAGAGGAGUGAGGUUUAUUUGCUUACUCUGUUACACAUGGAUGGAUUUGCUCUUCAGUGUUUGGACUCUCAGACGUGAAUAAUAAACCAAACUGAACCACUUCAACUCUGAACACUGGACUGACACUGUUUCAGUCUACUAGAACUUCUGUGUCCAGCUGCUGCGACACAAUCUACAUUGUAAAAGUGCUACAGAAAUAAAGAUGAAUUUAAUUGAAUGAUCAGAUACUACAAGCAGCUUAUUUAUUUUCCUAAAUGAGCAUCAAAAAGGAAUGAAUCUGGGUGCGUCCUUUUACUUCAGUUGUGUCUCCUAGUUUUAACCAUUACUGAUUAUGAAGAGCCUUUUAAAAUCUGGCAGGGGGCAACAGAUAAAAAUUAGCCCCUGUGGCUAACUCUGGCUUAUUUACAGUCUCACUGUUUAUUAAUGAGCAUUGUCCCUGUUAAAUUAAUAAAUUACUAAUUAAUUAUUAUGAAGCACAAAGAAGAAGGUUUAAGGA